AUGCUCGACAUUGUGCUUGCCAUCCACCAUUCUCUUGCUGAUGGAAGGAGCACAGCCAUUUUCCAGGCCAGCCUCUUAGACGAAUUGAACAAGCCAUCAGCCCGUCUCUCGUGCCUAGAGGACCACGUUCUACGGAUGCCCGGCAAGCCUCAUCAUGGACACAUUCUGCCACCCCAGGAGGAGCUCGUCAAAUUCACCACGUCUUGGAGAUUUAUUGCUGGCACGUUGUGGAAUGAAUUCGCGUCGGGCUGGCUUCGCAAACCAGCGACCGACCUUCCAUGGACGGGUGCACCGGUCAGAUCUGACCCUUACCAAACCAGACUCCGUCUGGUUACCAUCCCUGCAAAAGCUGUGUCACAGCUUCUUGCCAAUUGCAGGGCGAACGGCACCACACUCACCCCUUUACUUCAUGUGCUAAUUCUCACAUCUCUUGCUCGACGCUUACCAGCAGAGACAGCCACGUCGUUCCAAAGCUGCACUCCUAUAGACCUGCGUCCCUUUGUCCAGUCCGGAUCUCAUGUGACUGAUGCCGCCGAUUUCUUUGGCGUACUGGUUACUUCGGCGUCGCACAGUUUCGACUCUUCUCGUGUUUCGGGGUUGCGGGAGCAAGCAAGCGGAGAGAUUAUUUGGAGCCUUGCUCGAACCUUGCGUCAAGAACUCAAAGAACGGGUCGAGACAAUUCCUCAAGACGACAUGGUAAGUAUGCUUAGUUGGAUUACCGACUGGCGCACUUUCUGGCUUAACAAGGCGAACAAGCCGCGGGAGUCGACAUACGAGGUGUCCAACAUCGGAUCGCUGCGAGGCAGUCCGGAGGACACUGCCAAUAUAAUGGCAGAAACUCGUUCAAGAUGGCAGAUAUUACGGUCUGUAAUGUCGCAGUGCGCCAUAGUCGCGGGGCCGGCUCUCUGUGCUAGCGUUUCGGGCGUUAUAGGGGGCCCCAUAAGCAUUGCCCUGAGCUGGCAGGACGGUAUCAUUGAGUCAGGACUUGUCGAAGGUGUAGCUCAUGAUUUGCAGUUAUGGAUGGACCAAGGCGGCCCAGUGCAUGGCCAAAAUUUGCCGUAA